GUGAGCGAGGAAAAAGCCGCAAUAAUCUUUCUAGCCUAGGCGCAAGUCACAUGGUUACGAGGCUGAGGAUACGCCUUCUUCCAGCUCGUAGGAGUCCAGUUGAGAUUCUCGUCAUGAACCACCACAUUGGAAUUUUUGAAAACAGCUACUCCUUAGCAUCCGACUAUCCAUCAAGUAUUCACUUUACCUCUCUCUUCUGGAGCAGAUCGUCCAGGACCUUUGGUUCUGCGAGAAGAGACAGUGCUUGGCUGACAUAUUGAGUACUAUCUGGCGCGUCUGAACAUUCUGCCUGGUCGAGUAAUUCUCGUACAAUAUGGCUGAGAACCCCCUAUCUCAGGCAGAGCAUUCAGUACCGGCCCAAAGCAAUGCUGGUCCCGAAUUAUCUCCAUGCCGAAAGCGACUCCGACACGAUGCCUACACCAUCGGAUGGGUAUGCGCCCUUCCAAAAGAACAAACCGCAGCCAGAGCCAUGCUAGAUGAAGAGCACGAACCUCUUCCGACCCCUCGCAAUGAUCAUAAUGCAUAUACCCUUGGCUCAGUAUGCGGCCAUAACGUCGUCAUAGCCUGCCUACCUAAUAUGGGAACCAACCCUGCCGCGACCGUCGCAACCUCUAUGAUAAACACGUUCCAGUCGAUCAGGUUCGGGCUGAUGGUAGGGAUUGGCGGCGGAAUUCCGUCGAAGGUCAAUCUGGGUGAUGUAGUGGUCAGCCAGCCUGUUGCUGACUAUCACGGGGUGGUACAAUGGGAUAUGGGGAAGCUGGAACGUGGUGGGCAGUUUGUCCAUACAGGCUCGUUGAACCGACCUCCGAACGCGCUUCUUACUGCGUCGAAUCAGCUGAAAAGUAAUUAUGAGAUGUUCGGAUCGAAGAUAAAUGAGUAUUUGGAUGAUGUGGAAAGGAGAUUCCCGCGCCUGGCGCCAAAAUAUACCAGGCGUGAGUGCUUGGAGGACCCAUUGUUGUCAUCGAAGAGGAGACGUCGGACUUCGACCGAAGUCCAUUUUCUGUCUAGCCUAUGGCAGGCGGUCAUCGCAAUGAUCACAUAUCUUCUUGGUUCAUGGGCUAUUAGCCCAGUAAACGAGGAGAAUAAGCGGCUGUCAGAGAAGACACGGGGAGCACGAACCCAAAGAGAAGUGAGGGUACAUCAUGGCCUGAUCGCAUCCGGGAACAAAGUGGUUAAGGACGCCCGGUCUCGAGACUCCCUGGAUAAAGCAUUUGGCGGGCACUUGCUGUGCGUGGAGAUGGAGGCAGCUGGGCUUAUGAAUGACUUCCCAUGUAUUGUGAUCCGAGGUAUUUCUGACUAUGCAGACUCGGGAAAAGAGAGAAGCUGGCAAGAAUAUGCUGCAGCCGUGGCCGCUGCAUAUGCAAAGGAACUUUUAGGAUGUGUGCCGCCCAGUGUUGUUGACGCUGAGGAAUCAGCGAAAGCUAUGUUAGAAAAGGUCAAUAGACAGCUUAAAAAUGUGCAGCGAACGACAGUCGCAAUAAAAGCUACUACCGAUUCCCUUAAAUCUGACCUUCAUACUAAUGAGAUCAAACGCUGGCUUGAUCCCCCGGACCCAUCUACGAAUGCCAACCACGCGAGGACGCUCCACCAUGAGGGGACAGGCGCGUGGCUUCUAGAGAACCCAAUCUUCCUAUCGUGGUACUCGGGGUCGCGUCGACAUAUAUGGCUGCAUGGGCUCGCAGGAUGUGGAAAGACCGUUCUGAGCACAACCGUGCUUGAUCAUCUCGCAAAAGGAAGCGACGGUCCUAUCCUCAACUUUUUCUUUGACUUUAGCGAUACCAAAAAGCAGACCUAUGAAAGCAUGCUGCGGUCGCUUGCUUUCCAGCUUUACCAAGGUGGAGUUGACUCUGCAAUUCAUCUUGAAGGGUCAUUUCAAGCACACCAGAACGGCAAAAACCAACCAAAGACAGAGGCGCUCUGGAUUAUGUUUUAUAAGAUGCUCGGAGUCCAGAAGAGAGUCUAUAUCGUUCUGGACGCAUUAGAUGAAUCAACGUCAAGGGAUGAUAUUCUCAAGUGGAUCGAGGACAUAAUAUCUAGGCCAGAGUUAGACCAUGUCCAGCUGCUCUAUACCAGUCGACCUGAGUCCGAGUUUCUGCGGCGCAUUCCAACUUUGAUAGGAGAGGAAGGUUGCCUACCACUUGAUGAGCAGGCUAUCAAUUCCGAUAUUCGUUCAUGGGUCUCAGCACAAAUCUCUCAACGGCACGAUUUUACAGAGAAGCCAUUGUCUCAGGGGCUUCUCGAGGAAAUACGAAUAAAGGUUCAGGUGGGCAUUCUGUCAAUUAGACAGCCUAGCUCGAUGUCGUCACGAGGCAGCUAUAGAGGAAGCUCUUGGAUCCUUGCCUAAGAACCUGAAUGAGACAUAUGAGCGCAUGAUGAAGAGCAUACCGGAGGAGCGCAAAAUGGACUCAAUACGCCUGCUACAAUUUUUGGUGCACUCCAAGCGACCUCCCACACUAGCAGAGGCUAAAGAAAUAAUAGCGACGCAGAUUGAAAAUGGGUCAACAGGGUUUGACAUCAAGCGUAGGUUGUUCUGCGAAACUGAUCUGUUGGAUUACUGUCCCGGCUUAGCGACAAUCGUUCACGCCACGGAUAAAGAGUUACAUCUUGCCCACUUUUCGGUCAAAGAGUACCUUCUCAAAGACGACGAUUUUAAACUCAUGACUGCCGGCAUUUCUAUCACGACGACCUGCUUGGCAUAUCUCACAGACAUCAAAGGUAGCCACGAAGAGAUCGAGGGGCAUUUUCCGAUGGCAAGAUAUGCGGCGAAGCUCUGGGCAGGCUAUGCUGCGUUGGCUCAGGAUUCUGAAGAGAUAGUUCGAAAGAGUGUCGAGUUCCUUGAAAAGGAAGAGACAUUUCAACGAUGGAGUCGUUUGUAUCAGGCUGAUAGGAGCUGGGUCGGUGACCCUGGCCCUCCGCGAGCUUCCAGGCUCUACUACGCUUGUCUCAAUGGGCUCUUCGCGCCUGCAGAAGAUCUUAUUAGCAAGGGAGCCGAAGUCAACGCGCAGGGCGGCGAAUACGGCAAUGCUCUCCAGGCCGCCUCGUAUAAUGGCCAU